GGUGUAACGUAUUAACCUAACACUUCAAAGAGUGUGUGUGUGCCUGUUACAUUUGAACAGUGUGGUUCCUGGCCGUGUGUGUUACAUUUGAACAGUGUGGUUCGUGGCCGUGUGUGUUACAUUUGAACAGUGUGGUUCCUGGCCGUGUGUGUUACAUUUGAACAGUGUGGUUCCUGGCCGUGCGUGUUACAUUUGAACAGUGUGGUUCCUGGCCGUGUGUGUUACAUUUGAACAUUGUGGUUCCUGGCCGUGUGUGUUACAUUUGAACAGUGUGGUUCCUGGCCGUGUGUGUUACAUUUGAACAGUGUGGUUCCUGGCCGUGUGUGUUACAUUUGAACAGUGUGGUUCCUGGCCGUGCGUGUUACAUUUGAACAGUGUGGUUCCUGGCCGUGUGUGUUGCAGGUUUGACUGUGCAGAUCGUCAGUUCCACUCUGUAGCAGCCGCCUGGCAGGCUCGCAUGGAGAGCCCCGCUGACGUCAAGGAGCUCAUCCCGGAGUUCUUCUACUUUCCAGAGUUCCUGCAGAACAUCAACGGGUUUGACCUGGGCAGUCUGCAGAUGACCCAGAACGAUGUGACUGAUGUUCUGUUACCACAAUGGGCCUUGUCUAGAGAAGACUUCAUCAGGAAACACAGGAAAGCUCUGGAAUGUGAGCAUGUUUCCUCUCACCUCCAUGAGUGGAUUGACCUGAUCUUUGGCUGCAAGCAGAGAGGGAGGAGGCGGUGGAGGCUCUCAAUGUCUUCUACUACUGCACCUAUGAAG